AACAACCCUAAUAUUGGUUUAUGAUUUUCAGUGAAACCAUGUUUAGCAACAGGAGGGGGCUGAUUAGACAUAAAAAACAUGACGGCCCAUGCAAGGCCCAUAACAUUAUCGACAAAUGUUGGCGAUGCGACCCCAAAUGGGCCGACAACCGUCAAAAAAUUGCCGGGUGUGUCCAAGGGUUUGGACACAAUACUGUCGGCGGGAAAGGUGGCAAAGUCUACAUUGUCACCAACCCCGCCGAUGGUGACGUGAUGAACCCUAAACCGGGUACCCUACGCCAUGCAGUCCUCCAACCCGAACCACUAUGGAUCAUUUUCGCGGGCCACAUGAAUAUUAGGCUCUGCCGCGAGCUUCUUUUUACGAGCCACAAGACCAUCGAUGGCCGCGGGUUUCACAUCCACAUCGCGGGUGGGGCCGGGUUCAUGUUACAAAAUAUUAAAAAUGUCAUCAUCUUCAACAUCCAUAUGUAUGAUAUCUCACCAGCUAAGGGUGGCAUGAUAAGAUCAUCCCCUCAUCAUGUUGGAAUUAGAGGAGCAAGUGACGGUGACGCCAUUUGCAUAUUCGGGUCUACUGACAUAUGGAUCGAUCAUUGCUCGUUCGCGGGCUCAUACGAUGGCCUCAUUGAUAUCGUUGCGCGUUCCACCGAUAUCACCAUCUCGAAUAACCAUUUCGUUAGACACGAUAAGGCUUUGUUAUUUGGUGCAAGCGACGAGACCCCGGAUGAAAACAUGAGAGUCACGCUCGCUUACAACCACUUUGGAAAAGGACUUACGCAACGACUGCCAGCGGUGCGAUGGGGGUUUGUUCAUGUCGUGAACAACGACUACACGAUGUGGAAGUGCUACGCGAUUGGAGGUGCAAAAGGGGCGACGAUCAUCAGCCAGGGGAACCGCUUCAAAGCGGAACACGGUGCAGUCAAGGAAGUGACUCACAGAAACUUUGCAGAGAAAUCAGAAUGGUGUAAGUGGACAUGGAGAUCAGAGGGAGACCUGAUGCUAAAUGGAGCAUUCUUUGUUAUGUCAGGAAACCCUAAUUGGGCAGCAGCAUACAAGGGUUACCCAUUGUUGAAACCGGAACCGGCUCAUAGGGUUCAUGAGCUCACCAACUUUGCGGGUGCCACCCUCGGAUGCCGAGUAGGAUUACCAUGUUAAUUAUUAAGGUUUGAUUAAGAGUUGUUGAUGGAUUUGUUAGAUUGUAGCUUUGAUGCAUAUAUAUAUAUGUAUGUAUUGUAUAUAUAGGAAGGUUAAUCCUCUAAGAACAAGAUUCAGAAUUUGUACA